CGGCACACAAACGUUGGAACUCAUUGGAAAGCAACAUGUUCACAAAACUGUGUUUAUUCGCCUUGUUGACCGUAGCGGCAGGUAACUCGAUACUUUACUUUUUAAUAUUAAUAAUUAUUCGCGUAAUUGCAACUUGAAUUGUUUGACAAUUCGCUUUACCGCAAAAAUAUUCGAUGGAUCCACUUUUUGAUGCUACAACAAUUGUAACUGAAAAUAUAUUUGGUAAAGACCUCAGCUUUAGAGAUUCAACAUAGACUUCAACGUAGAGGCUAGAUUUUAGAGAUUCAAAAACUUCAACGUAGAGUUAACGUUUGUUAAAGAAUUUCUAAUUUCAUAUUGUAUAUUGAACUACUGUGUAGUCUUUCAAUUUUGUAAAUGUCGUACCAGAUUAAGACUGGCUAUCGCGUAUUUACGAGAAAAGAAAAGAAAAACCUCAACGUGUAGAAUGUUUCUUUAGAAUAUAUAUAAAAUAUUCUUUAAGACAUUUAUAUUUUACACGGGACAGAUUUUUCCUUCGAUCCCGUUUCCCCAAUACAGUGAUCGUAGAAAUAUGACGACGGUGGAACUUAAACAGGGGAUAAAAUUGUUAUUUCCCCAGCGAAUCCGUUGCUAAGACCAGCCUUGAACCCGCUAAGCCCAACGGGACAAAUCGUGGGUGGAAAGGAUGUGAAAAUCGAAGAAGUGCCGCACCAAGUGUCUCUUCAAGCUCUUGGCUUCAGCUUCUGCGGUGGUAGCAUCAUCUCCGAGCAAUGGGUGGUAACGGCUGCUCACUGCAUGUCCUAUCCAGCCGACUGGCUCACCGUGGUAGCCGGGACAGCGACUAAAUCCUCCGGCGGAAGCAGCCACAAGGUAGCGGAAAUAAUCGUCCACGAGAAUUACGUGACCAACAUAUACGGGGUGCCAGAAAAUGACGUGGCCGUGAUACGAGUUAAAACUCCCUUCAGUCUGGACAAAACUCGUCAACCCAUCAAGAUAUUCAAGCCGAACGAGGAAUCGGUCCCGGGAAUUAGAGCCACCAUCACCGGAUGGGGUGCCAUCAGAGAAGGUGGCAGCACCACCGACGUUCUCCAAUCCGUCGACGUGCCGAUCGUAUCGAAGAGCUCCUGCAACGACGCCUACAGAUCGUACGGGGGACUGCCAGCUGGACAAAUUUGCGCCGCGGUACCGGAAGGGGGGAAAGACGCUUGCCAGGGUGAUUCCGGCGGUCCCAUGACCAUCGGUGGACGUUUGGCCGGACUCGUGUCCUGGGGUUAUGGCUGCGCCAGAGCAGGCUACCCUGGCGUUCACACAGAGGUCGCCGCCUUCAGCAAUUGGAUCACCUCCAAGACCGGGGUUAAACCGUAAAACUUUCCCUCUAAAUCGAGAUCACCCCCACUAUCAGUUCUGUUAGUUCUAUCAGUUUUCGUAAUUCUUGACGAACUACUGUUUUCUGUUACACAUACUGCUUGUAGAGCGCGGUUCAAUAAAAUUGUAUCCUUCUGAAA